UUCCCCCUCCACGCUCCCCUCCGAUGUCCAUCGUCAAAAGACCCAAGCAAAUAAAAUGGAGCCACCCAAUAACCCCAGCCCAAGUCCAGACCCUAAUCCGAUCCGAACCCGACACCCACAAACUCUCCUCCGCCAACCUCUUCAACCCCGCCGAGUCCCUCCUCUCCCGGAUCCGACCCGAAACCCACCAGCCCGUGCCCGAGUCCGCCUUCCUCCCCCUCCUCCGCUCCUACGGCCGUGCCCACAAGCCCCUAGAUUCCCUCCGCCUCUUUGAACUCAUGAAGACCCAUUACAAUGUGGAGCCCACUCACAGGUCCUACAACGCUCUGCUCGCCGUCCUCGUCGCCGAGAACCAGCUGAAGCUAGCUCGAAAGGUAUACAAUGAGAUGAAGGAGGCUGGGGUUUCUCCUACUGUAGCUUCCUACAACGUGCUCAUCAAAGCUCUAUGUAGCAAUGAGAAGAACUUGGACACUGCGAUUCGGGUUUUUCGGAGGAUGGAGAGCGCGGAUGCGUGCACGUAUGGGACUUUGAUCGAUGGGUUGUGUAAAAAUGGGAGGAUUGAGGAUGCGCGUAAGCUGUUCGAUGAAAUGGGUGAGAGAAAAAUUGAGGCGACAGUGGUUACGUUUACGAGUUUUAUAAGUGGGUUGUGUAAAGUUAAGCAUUUGGAUGAGGCGUUGGAGGUGUUUGAUGAAAUGGGUAAGAGAGGGGUUCGGCCGAAUGUGGUUACUUACAGUUGUUUGCUUGAUGGUUUGUGUAAAGGAGGGAGGUCGAUGAAGGCGAUGGGUUUGUUGGAUCGUAUGGUUAAGGAUCGGUGUCCGCCGAAUAUGAUUAGUUACAGUUCUUUGAUUAAUGGGUUGUGUAGAGAAGGGAGGGUUUUGGAGGCUUCGGAGGUUUUGGAUAGGAUGAGGCUUCAAGGAAAGAAGCCAGAUGCUGGGUUAUAUGGUAAAAUUAUUAGCGGGCUGUGUGAACUGGGUAAGGCUAAUGAAGCUGCAAACUUUCUUGAUGAGAUGGUGCUUAGUGGGAUUUCACCGAAUCGGGUUACUUGGAGUCUUCAUGUUAGGAUUCAUAAUAUGGUGGUGAGAAGAUUGUGUGAAAAGGGUGAGCUGAAUCGUGGGUAUAGGGUUUAUCAGAGCAUGAGAACUCGGGGGAUUUCUAUUGAACCGGAGAGUUUUGAUGUGCUUGUGGGUUGUUAUUGCAUGAAAAAGGAUGUGCAUAAAGCUGCAAAAAUUGUUGAGGAGAUGCUUGUUGAGGGUUGUGUUCCAGAUUUUGAUACUUGGAGUAAUGUUUUGGGUGGAUACUUGGGUCGGCGAAAGGUGAAGGAAGCAGUUGAAUUUAUGUGGGAUGAGUUGGUGGGUGAACAUUUUGGAUCUCAAGUUCUCGACAUGGAAUCUGAGCUUGAGACUCUAAGUAAUGUGUAAAUGAAGAAUGGAUAAAGGCACCUCUAUCGUCACGUGGAAUAAAUGCGGUUAUGAAGGAAUAUGCCCAAAGAUUUUAGACCCAUCUGUAUUCUCAACCUCACCUUCUCUUGGGUUAGUUUAAUGUGUAUCCUUCUCACCUUCCAAGUAUAAUAUAAUUAUAAAACAUGAAAUGAGUGAGGUUACUUGUCAGAAUUGGUAACGUUUGAUUGGACAUGUGGACACUAGUGAAUAAAUUGUUGAUUAGAAAGGACUCGAAUGUGUAGUCAUGUACUAAGAUGAAUCAAGUGUCUUGUAAUAUCAGAUUCUUAACUUCAUCGGGCCUCGAGUAUUAUUGAUUUUCUGAGUAUGCUUGUAAUUUUCUAAAAGCUUCAGAUUUCUCUCGAAACAGAGUUUAAUACAUCCUACUAUUGGCGUCUUAUUUGGUUCCUUUUAGAUGUUUUGCCUUGUAUUAUCUCAAUCAAGCAAACUGCAAUGCUUGCAAGACUA